AUGAAAAAUUAUACAAUAUUCCAGAGGGAUGAAAAGAAGCUGCUUUUUGAAAAAUUCGAGAGGGACAUACCAAAUUUGUUAAAAUUUUAUAACGUAUUUUUUGUAAUUGGCAUUUUGGAAUUUGAGGAAUUUAUAAAGCUGGCCCUGGUUCUGUACGAAAAGAAAUUUCACACCUUAAAUGAGAAUAGCAGAUUGUGCAUUUCAUUUUCGGACAAGAUUUUUGCGCAGUGUUAUGACUUAAUUGAUUACGAUUUGAGGGAUUUUUUCACUCCACUGUUAAGUGAUCAUGAUGAGAAAGAGGAAAGUGCUCACCAAAAUGACAAAAUUGCACUCCUGGACGAGACAACACUGCUUCAGAAAAUAUUACUCGAUCCUCUUUUAAUUGAAUUUAAUGUUAUAAUUUUAACAAAUGUUCAUAGGAGGCUAGUAAAGACCGACUUGAUACUGUCACUUGUAAAGAAGAUACUUUUGAAGCGAAACGAUUUGGUCAUUUUUAUAUUUUCUAACUGUCUGAUUGGAAAUGGUGCACCAAAUUGGUCACAUGUUGAGUCCUCGCCCGUGGGUGAAGAGGAGGAACACGACAGAGUUAGCCAUAUAAGGGAUGUUAGCAAUACGAAAAAAUGGAAAGUGAGAAUGGAACAACGGGAAAACGAAGAUGACAGAAGAGCUGAAGUGCGUGGUGAAAAGUCGCUUGAUCAUUCUCACAGAGGAAAACAAAUUAGCGUUGCAAUGAGGGAGAAGCAUUUCGUAGCAAAAAUUGACAAAAGGGAAGGCAUAAAAGUGGAUGGAAAGGACACGGACGAAUAUGUCUCUGCAAAGGGGGUGGCACGUAGAAGUGAGUCGAAAGGUUUUCCCACGCAGAAUGAAAAAAGUGUGAAUCAUUUUUUGAAAGAGAAGGAAGAUGCCCUUCCAGAGUACCACAUUUAUAAGAAUAGACAGGAACGCAGAAAUUAUGGAAGAGAUGAUAUAGGGAGGAAAAAACAUUUUUCUAUAAAAAAUAAAAAAAUGAAGGAUUUAAUAAGUAGGAAGCAGUAUUACGUGAGGAGUAGGAGCAACACGCUAUCCAGUGAUGAUGGGAAUAAAGAAAAAUGGCUACCUCGAGGCGAUAGUGAAAAUUUGGAUUUUUCCCACUCGGAUGAAGAAAAAGGAAAAAAUGUGCGAAAUUCGCUAUUCGAACAUUCGGCGAAACAUUGCCUGAUGUAUGACCAGAAGGAGGACGCAGAUUUUAUGAACCCGUCCUGCAGAAAUGUACCUCAUAAUGGAAAAGACCAAAUUAGUAAAAAGUUGGAAGAAUGGAAAAAGUUCGCAGAAGGGAUAGGAAAAGUCAACAAAGAAAUUAACGUGUUCGUUUUUCACAUUUCUAAUGAGAGCAAUUCUGGUGAAAGGACAGGAAGAAAAACGAGCGAACCGGUGAGCGGCGAUAUUUACUAUUUGAAAAAAAGAUGUGCAAAUUAUUUGCACACGUGUAUCGUUUUAGCUAGUAGCCUAUUUAGAAAUAAAAAAAGGAGCAGAGAAAAUGUUCUUAUCUUUUUAAAUAACGAACAGGAAAUAGAUUUCGUCAAGAGGGGAUUGCAAAAUGGAGGCAUCGAAAAUAGUCACAUCGCAAUUGUGAACGACAUGCCUGAAGAUUGCCCCGAUUGGGGAGAGUUACGGGACAAAAUUAUUAUCCUAAAAGAUGCAGAAUAUUUUUAUAAAAAGGUAAAAAAUGUGAAAUAUGUCAUAGAUCCAUGCUUCGUGAAGGAUGAAAUAUAUGAUUACGACUUGAACGUGACGAACAAAUACACCAUAAUGUGCAGUAGGAGCAAAUGUGAAGAGCGGCGACUCGUUUGCAGUGAUACCAUUUGUUAUCGAUUGAUAACCGAGGAUGAUUACUUGAAUCUACUGAACGAAAAUUGCAUACCAGAAAUAUUAAAAAGGGACAUUUUUUACAACAUAUUUUUUUUAAAAACGUUAGGAAUGAAGAAUGUCUGUUCAUUCGAUUUUGUCACUGCCCCAAUGGUGAUAGCUUUGAAGAGAUGCUUCGAGAUGCUUUACAUUUUAAAACUUAUGGACAUGGAUGGAAAUGUAACGGAUAAGAAGUUAAGCUUAUUAAUUUGUCAUUUACCCCUAAAAUUUAAGUAUAGCGUGUUUCUGCUGAACAGUAUAAAGUACAGAUGUGUGUACGAAGUGGUAGUUAUUGUAAGCAUGCUAAUUAACGAACCCAUAUUUUUAUUUAACCAUAAAAAUGUAGAUAAAGUGAAAGCUAUGCGAUUACCUCUGAUGGCUGAAGAGAGCGACCUUUUGAGUUACUAUAAUGUAUUUCAAAAUUUUGAGAAAGCAAAGGAUAGAAAAAGUUUUUGCUAUGAUAACUUUUUAGCCUACAAAUCGGUUAAAAAGGCCACCAAAUUUUUUUAUAGAUUAAAAAGAAUAUUGCAUAAUUUCGGCAUAGAGAUGGAAAAGUCAAAUAAUGUGGAAUACAUACUGAAGGCAAAAAUAUGUUCUUUUUUUUAUAACGUUUCGAAAGUGGUAAGUGAUAAUUCGUAUAAGCUCUUAAAUGGGAGAGGUGCCAAUGAGUUAUUGUACCUCGAUCAGAUGUCUGUGUUGAACGAAUCGGAACAACAAAGGAGGAAGUUUAUCGUGUACACCGAUGCCUAUUCGAAUAAUGAAUCCAGAAUUUUUGUGAGACACGCAUCAGUUAUUGAUCCCUUAUGGCUGAUCACUGAAUGUCCAUCUUACUUUUCCAAUAGGCAUUGUGUGAAGCUCGCGGGGAUGGAAGCCUGA